CACAGUUUCAAUCCAUCAGUCGAAGAAGGAACACAGUUUUCCUGUUUUGAGUGCCACAAUGUGCUGGUUACGCGCCGUAUCUCUAAUCAGUAUGCUAUUUUUAGCCAGUACCUACGGAGGAAAGCUAUCCUACCAGAGUCUUCACUUGACUCCUUCCACUUUGAGUGCUUUACUCGCCUCCUUCCGCCAAGUUGAGCUGCUCAAUCUGAACGGCCUGCAGAUAGAGGAGGUCGAUACGAACGCGUUCGCUUACACGCACACAAUUCAGGAGCUGUACAUGGGAUUCAAUGCGAUUCGAUAUUUGCCACCGUAUGUGUUUCAGAACGUCCCAUCGCUCACGGUGCUUGUGCUGGAACGGAACGAUUUAUCCAGCCUGCCACGCGGAAUCUUCCACAACACACCCAAGCUCAGCGUGCUGUCGAUGUCAAACAACAACCUGGAGCGCAUCGAAGACGACACUUUCCAAGCGACUACAGCGCUUCAAUAUCUGCAACUGUCCAGCAACAGGCUUACGCAUGUUGACCUUUCUCUCAUUCCCAGUCUCUUCCACGUCAACGUCAGUUACAACCUGCUCUCAACGCUUGCCAUACCGAUCGCGGUCAAAGAGCUAGACGCAUCGCACAAUAGCAUCAACGUCAUACGCGGGCCCGUCAACGUAGAGUUGGCCAUUCUGAAGCUCCAACACAACAACUUGACUGACACUGCCUGGCUGCUGAACUAUCCCGGACUGGUUGACGUGGAUCUUUCCUACAACCAGUUGGAGAAAAUAACGAUCCACCACUUUGUCACCAUGCAGCGUUUGGAGCGUUUGUACGUCUCCAACAACCGCCUUGUAGCGCUCGACCUUUACGGCCGAGCCAUACCAACGCUCAAAGUGCUCGAUCUGUCGCACAACCAUUUGAUGUGGGUGGAACUUAAUCAGGCGCAGUUUGAUAAGCUUCAGUACCUUUAUCUCGACCACAACUCCAUCGUGACGCUUAAGCUUAGCAGCCAUCAUACGCUAAAUACUCUUACACUAUCGCAUAAUGACUGGGAUUGUAACAGUUUACGUGCACUUUUCAGAACAGUAGCCCGACCUGUGAUAGACGAUGUUGACCAGCACUGCAAGAUUGACUAUUACCUUGAGCACGGUCUCUGCUGCAAAGAAAGUGACAACCCGUAUCUGAACCGGCUAUUACAGUACAUCGCCAUGACGAGCGUGGUGGAAAAACAGCGUAAAAAAGAACCCUGCAGUGCCACAGAUGCCAUCAACAGCGUGCAGAGUCUGGUCCACUUCAUCACACAGCAGCGUGUUGUGUCACUGGAGAGUAACGAACAACUCGACGCCGAAGUCAACGAGCUGAGAGCUGAGGUGCAGCAGCUAACCAACGAGCAGAUACAACAGGAGCAGCUGCUGCAGGGGCUACACGCCGAGAUCGAUACCAAUCUGCGACGGUUCCGCCUGUCCAAGGAUGAACUAGCGCGCCCGAGCGAUAAUCUAAAUAAAGUGUUCACCCAUCUGAAGGACCGGCACGCGUUUAAGUUGCGUGAAACGCAGGCACGCCGUACGGAGGCUGAUGCUAAGCAGAAGGAAACGGAGCACCUGGAACAGAAAAACAUUGCACUCGUGAAGCAGUUGGAUAAUAAGAAUACAAUGCAGAUUCUGUUGAGACAGGAGACGUUGCUGAAGCGUCAAAAAAUAAAGCAAUUACUCGCAAAGCUCAGCAAACACAGAUCCAACUAGGGCGGUUCGACUGCACCAUACUUGGAGAUGCUUCUCCUUCGGCAAACACAGAAGAUUCGUCGUUUUUCUUAAUUCAGUACAAAGAUGGAUCAAGAUUAUUGUUUUGAAAGUGGUUAUGAAAUAAAAGGAC